CGCAGUCAAGCAGAGACGCCACGCCGAGGAGCCGCACCCCGGAGACCAAGUCUCGGGACCCGCGGACCCAGGCGCCUUCUGGAAAGGCGAGAAGGAUCCCGAAGGGGUCAGACGGAGCCAAGGUACAUGCAAGCCGAGGCGAUGUUGCGCUACAUGGACCAAGCGGUCGACCCCUGCCAAGACUUCUACGAGUACGCCUGCGGGAACUGGGCGGCUCGUAAUCCCAUACCGAAGGACAAGGCCGGCUACGACACCUUCGAGAUGCUCAGGGAGUCGUUGGACUCCGUCCUCAAGGAGCUGCUGGAGGAGCCGAUCGGCGACGGGACGCGAGCAGGAGACGCGACGGUCAAGGCGAGGCAUCUCUUUAGGAGCUGCAUGGACUACGACAUCCUGGAGCGCCGCAGGGACCGACCGCUGAUCCGCCUCCUGGACGAGCUCGGAGGCUGGCCGAUCCUUGGACGGCGACUCUGGGACCCCGAGAGGUUCGACUGGCUCUUGCUGGUGGGGCAGUUGAGGCUCUUCAACAACGACAUCCUCAUCUCCGAGUGGGUGGGGCCGGACAUCAAGAAUAGCGAUCAGUACGUCAUUCAGAUCGACCAGACGUCCUUGGGCCUGCCCACCAGGGACUACUUCCUGCAGCCGUCGAACGUAGUCUACCUCGAAGCCUACAAGGACUAUCUGAUCGAGGUCGCCACGCUGCUGGGAGCCUCGCCGGAGAACGCCACGACCCAGGCGGCGGAGCUCAUCGAGUUCGAGACGAAGCUGGCAAAGAUCACCUCGUCGCCGGACGAGAGACGGGACGUCUCCGAGCUUUACCAGAGGAUGACCAUCGGUGAGCUCAGGGCCUUCGUUCCCCAGAUAGACUGGCACAGGUACUUCAAGAUCGUCCUGGCCAGGCCGGUGAACGUCUCGGAAUCGGUGGUCGUCUUCGCCCUGCAGUACGUCCAGGACCUGGUCAAUCUGCUCUCGAGGACACCACCCAGGACCGUGUCGAAUUACUUGCUCUGGCGCUUCGUCCGCCACAGGGUGAACAACCUGGACGACCGUUUCCAGGAGGCGAAGCAAAAGUUCUACUACGUCCUAUUCGGCAGGGAGCAGGCUCCUCCUAGGUGGAAGAACUGCGUCGCGCAGGUCAACUCCAACAUGGGGAUGGCCGUGGGCUCGAUGUUUGUCAGGAGGUACUUCGACGAGAACAGCAAGAACGACACCCUGAGGAUGACCAGAGAGAUCCAACGGUCGUUCCGCGAGCUGCUCAACGACACCUGCUGGAUCGACAAGGAGACCAGGUCGCUGGCGAGCGAGAAAGUCGACGCGAUGCUCCUCAGGAUCGGGUACCCCGAGCUGGUGCUGCAGCCUCACCUUCUGGACGAGCGUUACGCCGACGUCGUCGUGAAGCCCACCGAGUACUUCGAGAACACCCUGAACGUUCUUCGGCAUCUGACGAGGGUUGAGCAGGAUCGCCUGGGCAGUCCCGUCAACAAGACCCUCUGGAACACCGCACCGGCCGUCGUCAACGCGUACUACAGCCGCAACAAGAACCAGAUCAUGUUCCCCGCCGGGAUCCUCCAGCCUCCGUUCUACCACAGGGACUUCCCCAGGGGCCUCAACUAUGGGGGAAUCGGCGUGGUGAUCGGCCACGAGAUCACCCACGGCUUCGACGACAAGGGCCGCCUCUUCGACAAGGACGGGAACCUGCACCGGUGGUGGAAGGACGAGGACAUCGAGGAAUUUCACCGCAGGGCCCAGUGUCUGAUCGAUCAGUACGGUCGCUACGUGGUCACCGAGGUCGGCAUGCGCAUCGACGGGGUCAACACCCAGGGCGAGAACAUCGCCGACAACGGGGGAAUCAAGCAGGCCUUCAAGGCCUACGAGCGGUGGCUGAAGUCCAACGGAGACGCCAACGAGACCUUGCCGGGCUUGAAGGCGACCGGGAAGCAGCUCUUCUUCCUGAACUUCGCCCAGGUCUGGUGCGGCACCAUGAGACCCGAGGCCACGAGGAACAAGCUGAAGACCGCCGUCCACUCGCCGGGGAAGUUCCGGGUGAUCGGGACGCUCUCCAACUCGAGGGACUUCGCGCAGGUCUUCAACUGCUCCGUGGGGACCUUGAUGAAUCCCGCGAGAAAGUGCUCCGUAUGGUGACUCUUAGGGGACUCGGCACCUCGAGGGACUUUGAGGACCGCUUCGGAGCGUUUCCUCCUCU